AUGCUAUCGCUUUUUAAACCUAAAAAGAACGAAUUAAAUUAUAAUAACGAUGCCACUUUAGAGCCAAUAGUUAACGGACCAGAUGGCAAGUAUGGGAAUCCAACUUUCAUCGAUGAACAUUAUUAUAACUCACUCGAACUAGAGAGUAUUAUACCCACCAUCGAAAUUGGUGAAGAAUCCAGAAUUAUAGACCAGUUACUCGAAAAGCUUAAAAGUCCGAAACCAACUGACAAAGCGUUGGCAACCUAUGAAUUCAAAUUAGUUAUGUCUGCUUUGAACCGUGAAAGUAGUGUAGAACAAUUAACCAAGUUUAAUAAUAUCUUGAACAAAAAAAUCCUUGCAUCCAUACAAAGUUCAUCAGCUAAUGAGAAAAUUAGCGGGAUCUUAGUCCUAAGGGCAUUACAAGAAUAUUACGCACAAAACGAGACUUUGCCUUCCCAAAUUUCACGAAUUUUGAGUCUUCUACGGUUAGCAAUACCAUGUAAUGAUAUAGAAGUCAUGAAAGUUGCCUCCAAUACUUUAGGAGAAUUAGCUAGCCUUGGUGGUUCAUUGACAUCAGAUUUCGUCGAAUCUCAAAUGAAAACAUGUAUUGAAUGGCUUGUUACCGUUCAAGAUAAAAUAAUAGUAGGAUCUGCGUCGAAAACAACGAACAAAAAACAUACAGCAUUACAUAUAAUCAUCUCAUUGGCAGAUUAUGUGCCAUACCUUCUGUUCAGAUACGUAAAUUCAAUUUUGGAUAAUAUUUGGCAUGCAUUACGUGAUAAAUCAUUACUAAUAAGGACAGACGCUGCAACAACUUUACAGAAAUGUCUUCAAAUACUAGCGAGAAGAGAUGGACCAUCGUCAGAAAUCUGGAACCAACGCCUCUUGGACGAAUGUAUGAGGGGUUUCGAUUCAGAUAAAGAGGAAUGUAUCCAUGGUACUCUGCUAGUCUAUAAAGUAUUACUGACUUUGGAAUUUGGUUACGAAAUUAAUAGGUAUGAUGAAAUGUACCAUUAUAUUAUGCUAUUUAAAGAAAAUAAAUCAGAUUUAAUUAGAAGAGAAGUUUAUUUGAUUUUACCAAAGUUAGCCUCCAGGAAUCAUGAAGCGUUCAUAACAAAACAUUUAAGUGAAACAAUGGUAUUUCUCUUGACUUCAUUGAAAAAUUUAAAUGUUAAUAUUAAGCAUAAUAUUGAUAACGAACUGAUUCUCAUAUGUAUUGCCGAUCUAGCAGUGGAAAUCAAUGCACAAAUUUCUCCAUACUUAAACACUAUAUUUGAAAUAAUUAUUAAUACAUUUAAAUUGAAAUACAAAAAUACAAAAAUAACAGAGAGCGCCCUAUUUUAUUGUAUUGGGAAAUUGUCUCUUGCAGUUGGUGCCAGAUUAUUACAUUAUUUAAAUGAUACCAUAUUGGACCUUUUCUUUAUUUAUCCAUUCCCCAAGAACAUGCAAGAAGCUCUUACGUUACUUAGCCAGGAAAUACCGACUUUACAACCAAAGAUUAAUUCUAGAUUGUUAGAUUUAUUAUCAUUAUCCCUAUCAGGAGUUCCAUUUGUAGCUCCUGGCUCGCCAACAUCAUUUGCAGAGGCAUCAGUAAUCAAGGCCCGUCAUUGGCGAAAUAAGAGGCUUUUCGAAAGAACUGGUGAAAUGAGCUCGGAGAUGAACGAUGACAAACUAGUAAUUCAAACUUUUAAAAUAUUAAAUGAAACAACUUAUGAAUGCUCAUUAACAGAAUUUGUUAGAUGCGUUACAUUGUUGUACAUUGAGCAUGAUGAUCCUGAAAUUAGGAAAUACUCAGCAAUAACAUCAUGUGAUAUAUUUGGUAAAGACAAUAUAUGUAAACAAACUUCCAUUUAUGCAUUGGAUUGUGUCAAUGAGGUCUUAAGUAAAUUAUUAGCUGUCGCAAUCACUGAUCCUGUACCCGCAAUACGAUUGGAACUUUUACUUCAUUUGAAUACACAUUAUGAUUCCCAAUUAGCACAACCAGAAAACGCCCAACUAUUAUUCACUCUACUUAAUGAUGAAAUGUUUUCCAUCAGAGUGGAAGUUUUAAAAAUUAUUGGAAGACUUGUAUCUAUUAAUCCAGCAUUCAUCAUACCAUUCCUAAGGAAGACAUUGUUAGAAUUAUUAACCCAAUUGAAAUACUCAGUUGAUCUUCGGAAAAGUGAAGAAACUGCAACAUUGUUAUGCACACUAAUUAGCUCAAGUAAAGAUAUUACUAAACCAUAUAUAGAACCAAUUCUCGAAUGUCUUUUAACAACGGCAAAGGAUAAAUCAUCAACUGUAUCCACAAUCGCAUUGAAGACUAUUGGUGAAUUAUCAGUCGUGGGAGGAGAAGAAAUGAUUGCUUACCUAGAUACGCUAAUGCCAAUUAUUAUUGAUACACUUCAAGAUCAGUCCAAAAAUUUUAAAAGAGAUGCUGCGUUAAAGACUUUAGGACAAUUGACAGAGUCUUCUGGUUAUGUUAUUGACCCCUUGUUAGAUUAUCCUGAGUUAUUAAGUGUAUUAAUGGGUAUUUUGAAAUCAGAUAAUUCACAAACUGUUAGAAGAGAAACCGUGAAAUUAAUAGGUAUCUUGGGUGCAUUGGAUCCAUAUAGAUAUCGCGAAGUAGAAGUUACUUCAACCGCCAAACUAACGGUGGAUCAAAAUAUGCCAUCUAUAGACAUGGCUUUAUUAAUGCAAGGAUUAUCAACAUCAAGUGAAGAAUAUUUGUUAACAGUAGUAUUCAAUAACUUAAUCAAGAUAUUAAAUGAUCCAUCUUUAUCAUCUCACUACACCUCGGCAAUACAGGCAAUAAUGCAAAUAUUUGAAACUUUACGUCUCAAUUGCGUUUCGUAUUUGAGGAAAGUCGUACCAAGUUUUUUGUCAGUUAUUGAUAAUUGUCCUAGCUCCCUUUCGACUUAUUAUUUCAAACAACUGGCAGUAUUAGUUUCAAUAGUAAAGGAUCAUAUAAGACCUUAUGUGGAAGACAUUUAUAGGGCAAUCGAAAAAAAUUUCAAAAUCCAAGAACUAAGGCCAAUUAUCAUAACGCUUAUUGAUUCUAUUUGUACUGUACUGGGUGCAGAAUUUAAGAAACAGGUACCAUUGACAUUAACGCUUUUCUUGGAAGCUCUUAACGAUGACCCUUCCGAAAACAAGGCUGUUACUAUCCAGAUCAUGAAGUCGUUGACAAUCAUCAAUAAAAAUUUAGAGGACUACACAUACUUGAUUAUACCAACCGUAUUGAAAUUUGCUGAGUUCUCCACAAGAGAAGUAGCAGAAAUAUCCAUAACUACAUUAGGAAAAUUGAUUGAAAAUAUAAAUUUAAAUUCUAUGUCUACUAGAAUUAUACAAGUUCUGUCAAGACUUCUAGACACCGCUGAUAUUGAACUUAGAAAUACGAUAAUGAAUACUCUAUCGUUAUUACUUCUUCGGUUAGAGACCGAUUUUACAAUAUAUGUCCCCUUAAUCAACAAAGCUUUACUUCGUAAUAAUAUUGAAAAUAAUGUUUAUGAUAGUUUGGUAUCCAAAUUAUUAAAUGGUGAACCAUUACCCGAAACUAUGAUUAUCAGUAGGGAGAGUCAAAAAAUUGCAGAACCGGAGUCUAUCCCCAUCUCCCAAAAACUUCCGGUAAAUCAACCAUUGUUACAAUCAACUUGGGAUUGUACACAACAAUCUACAAAAGAAGAUUGGCAAGAAUGGUUAAGACGACUUUCUAUACAGCUUCUAAAGGAAUCACCAUCCCAUGCCCUAAGAGCUUGUGCUGGUCUUGCUGGUAUAUAUUACCCGUUAGCAAGAGAUCUUUUCAACUCAGCAUUUGCAAGUGUAUGGGUUGAACUAUACUCUCAAUAUCAAGAAAAUUUGAUCCAGUCACUCUGCUUAGCCCUUUCUUCUUACGAGAACCCGCCAGAAAUUCACCAAACUAUAUUAAAUCUGGUGGAAUUUAUGGACCAUGAUGAUAAACCCUUACCAAUAUCCAUUCCAGCAUUGGGUGAAUACGCUGAGAAAUGUCAUGCGUAUGCAAAAGUACUACAUUAUAAAGAGUUAAGAUUUAUCCAAGAACCAUUAGAGUCAACUAUUGAAUCUCUUAUCAGUAUCAACAACCAACUGUAUCAAACAGAUGCUGCGGUGGGUAUUUUGAAAUAUGCCCAAGAGUAUCACGGAGUAGGUUUACACGAGACAUGGUAUGAAAAAUUAGAACGUUGGGAAGAAGCCUUAAGAGCUUACGAUAAACGUGAAAGUAUGGGAGAUGAUUCCAACGAAGUUAUCAUUGGGAAAAUGAGAUCUUACUAUGCGUUGAGUGAGUGGGACCAACUAUUAGAUAUCACCGAACAAAAAUGGGCAAAUUUAUCUUCCAAUGUUCAGAAACUAAUGGCUCCUUAUGCAGCUGGUGCUGCCUGGAGCUUAGGAAGGUGGGACCAACUAGAGUUAUAUUCCAAUAUCCUCAAAAAAAUAACACCUAAUCGUGAAUUCUUCGUAUGCUAUCUUAAAUUUACAUCGAAUAACUUUGCUUCAGCUGAGCAAAAUAUAUUUACUGCAAGAGAUCUUCUUGUAACAGAAUUAUCAGCUUUAAUAAAUGAAAGUUAUGCUAGAGCAUAUAAUGUUGUCGUACGUACCCAAAUGCUUGCUGAACUGGAUGAAAUUAUACAAUAUAAGCGUGCACCUGUUAACUCUAACAAGCGUGCAAUAUUAAGACAGACAUGGGACAAAAGAUUACUAGGUAGUCAAAAGAGUAUUGAUAUAUGGCAAAGGGCUUUGAGAAUACGGUCAUUAGUUAUUAAGCCCAAGCAGGAUAUGAUGAUGUGGAUAAAAUUUGCGAAUUUAUGUAGACGAUCCAACAAAAUGAUUCUAGCUCAAAAGGCAUUGAAUUUACUUUUGGAGGAUGGUGGUGAUCCUUCGAAUGCAAAGGCACCACCUCCCGUAGUCUAUGCCCAACUUAAAUUUUUAUGGGCAGGAGGGGCAAAAAAGGAAGCACUUCGUCAUUUGAUUGGGUUUACGUCUAGAAUGGCACAAGAUUUAGGUUUAGAUCCUAGCAACUUAAUUGCUCAGAAGAUUCCACAGAGUACACCCGUUUCUCAUUCACAUGUAGAGGAAUACACAAAAUUAUUAGCUCGUUGCUUUUUAAAGCAAGGUGAAUGGAGAACUUGCUUACAACCUAGCUGGAGACAGGAGAAUCCUGACGCAAUUUUGGGCUCAUACUUGCUUGCGACGCAUUUUGAUAAAAAUUGGUAUAAAGCCUGGCAUAAUUGGGCAUUGGCAAACUUUGAGGUAAUUUCUGUUAAAACAAGCCAAAUAAAAGAGGCACAAGAAAAUAAAUUGAAUGAAACUAGAGGUGCAGAUGAGAACUUAUUGAUGGAGCAAUCAAUUAAUGCUAAUAUUGAAGAAAACCAAUAUUCAACAGAAUUGAUUCAAAGACAUGUAGUUCCUGCUAUAAUAGGGUUUUUCCAUUCCAUCGCAUUGUUAGAAGCAAAUUCUUUACAAGAUACUUUACGAUUAUUGACCCUUUGGUUUACCUUUGGUGGUAUUUCUGGUGCAACACAGGCGAUGCAUGAAGGUUUUGGUAUGAUAAAAAUUGGAAUAUGGUUGGAUGUAUUACCUCAAUUAAUAUCCCGUAUUCAUCAACCGAAUGAAGUCGUUAGCAUGUCUUUGUUAUCUUUAUUGUCCAAUCUUGGAAAGGCACAUCCUCAAGCGUUAGUGUAUCCUUUGACAGUGGCGAUUAAAUCAGAAUCUGUAUCUAGACAAAAAGCUGCCUUAUCUAUUAUCGAAAAAAUGAGAAUGCAUAGUCCAGUCUUGGUUGGGCAAGCUGAACUGGUAAGCGAUGAAUUGAUUCGUGUAGCUGUUUUAUGGCAAGAGCAGUGGUAUGAAGGAUUAGAAGAUGCCAGUAGAUACUUCUUUGGUGAACAAAAUGUGGAAAAAAUGUUUGCAACUUUAACACCUUUACAUAAGAUGUUACAAGGAGAACCAGAAACAGCAAAAGAGGCAGCAUUUAAGAAAAUGUAUGAAAGAGAUUUAGCUGACGCAUACGAAUGGGCGAUGAAUUACAAACGGACGAAAGAAGUAAAUAAUUUGAACCAAGCUUGGGAUAUUUAUUAUAAUGUUUUUAGAAAAAUUAGCAGGCAGCUUCCACAAAUCCAAACUUUAGAAUUACAAUUGGUUUCACCAAAGCUUUUAGAAGCACAUGAUUUAGAGUUAGCAAUUCCAGGUACGUAUUCUCCAGGUAAGCCAAUAAUCAAAAUUGUUUCUUUCGAUUCUACGUUUUCUAUCAUUUCAUCUAAACAAAGACCAAGGAAAUUUUCUAUCAGAGGUAGUGAUGGUAAAGAUUAUAGAUAUGUUUUGAAAGGUCAUGAAGAUAUAAGACAAGAUAGUUUAGUCAUGCAAUUAUUUGGCUUAGUAAAUACGUUAUUACAAAAUGAUACAGAAUGUUUCCAAAGACAUCUUGACAUUCAAAGAUAUCCAGCUAUACCAUUAUCUCCGAAGUCUGGUUUAUUGGGUUGGGUACGUAAUAGUGAUACAUUCCAUAUGUUAAUUAAAGAACAUAGAGAAGCUAAAAAGAUCCCACUAAAUAUUGAACAUUGGGCUAUGCUUCAAAUGGCACCAGAUUAUGACAAUCUAACAUUGCUAGAGAAAAUUGAAGUGUUCUCAUAUUCAUUACAGAAUACAAAGGGUCAGGAUUUCCAAAAAGUUCUGUGGCUAAAGAGUAGAUCAUCAGAGACAUGGCUAGAGCGUAGAACUAUGUAUACAAGAUCGUUAGCAGUAAUGUCUAUGGUUGGCUACAUCUUAGGAUUGGGUGACAGGCACCCAAGUAACUUAAUGUUGGAUCGAAUCACUGGUAAAGUAAUUCAUAUAGAUUUCGGUGAUUGUUUUGAAGCUGCAAUUUUAAGAGAAAAAUUCCCUGAGAAGGUACCAUUUAGACUAACCAGGAUGCUAACAUUUGCAAUGGAAGUCAGUGGUGUGGAAGGAAGUUUCCGUAUAACUUCAGAAAAUGUUAUGAGAGUAUUAAGAGACAAUAAAGAGUCAUUAAUGGCUAUUCUUGAAGCAUUCGCAUUUGAUCCUUUGAUUAAUUGGGGAUUUGAUUUCCCGACGGAAAAGAUCAUAGAAGAAACAGGUAUCUUAUUACCAGUUUCAACGCCGAAUGAACUUCUAAGGAAAGGUGCUAUUACCGCAGAAGAAGCAUCGGAUAUGGAAACGGAUCGUCAAGCAGAAUUACGUAACGGGAGAGCAUUACUCGUGUUAAGACGUAUUACUGAUAAACUAACCGGGAAUGACUUCAAAAGAUCAACUGACUUGGAUGUUGCGACACAAUUGGACAAAUUAAUUAAACAAGCCACAUCAGUAGAGAACUUGUGUCAACAUUACAUUGGUUGGUGUCCUUUCUGGUAA